CGACAAAACUUUUCGCAGCCGCAAGCUACAAAACUUUUGAUCCCCAAAUUUCAACAGAUUUGUGAAUCUAUCGCUACAAAGACUUCUCUAGCUCAAUCACAGAUUUUGAAUCGUUCCUUAGUGAUACCAUGCCGAAGAACAAGGGAAAGGGAGGAAAGAACAGGAAGAGAGGAAAGAACGAAGCGGAUGACGAGAAGAGAGAGCUUAUAUUCAAGGAAGAUGGACAAGAAUACGCGCAAGUCCUUCGUAUGCUUGGUAAUGGGAGAUGUGAAGCUAUGUGUAUCGAUGGAACCAAACGUCUUUGCCAUAUCCGUGGUAAGAUGCACAAGAAGGUUUGGAUUGCGGCAGGUGAUAUUGUUCUUGUUGGUCUGAGGGAUUACCAAGAUGACAAAGCCGAUGUUAUCCUCAAGUACAUGUCUGAUGAGGCUAGGCUUCUCAAGGCUUAUGGUGAGCUUCCAGACAACACCCGUCUCAACGAAGGAAUUGUUGGUGAUCUUGAUGAAGAUGAUGAUAAUGCCGGUGAUGACUAUGUUGAGUUUGAGGACGAGGAUAUCGAUAGGAUCUAAGGCUUUGCUUGUGUUUUUCCGGCUUGUAUUUUCAAUUUGAGACAUAUGACACUUCUGAGUAUGGUGAUAAAACAUUACUGUUGUUGCAAGAUACUUACUGUUUUGUAUUUUGUUCUCCAAUAUCCUCUCUAUUGCUGGUUCACUUGUUCUU